AUUAGAAAAGUGCAUAGCAUAUUAUAUUGUGCCCACUGACACCAUUUCAUAGAAACCCUCAAGAACCUUCCUUUUCUCCAUCCUCUGCUAAAUAAAAUCCCCUUCUUCUUUCUUUCCGCACUCGGAACACAUACAAUACACAAAAACACUCUCUCCUCACCCAAUAACCAGUGAUGGAUCCAGCAAGUCCAGAUGCUGAUAAUGAAUACUCAACAACCAAAGGCUACGCUCUGAGCGGUAAAAUUAUGCUAAGCGCUAUUAUUAUUCUUUUCUUCGUUGUCAUCAUGAUGGUCUGCCUCCACCUCUACGCUCGCUGGUACCUUCUCAACGCUCGCCGCCGCCAGCACCGCCGUGCUCGUAACCGCCGUGCUCACCUUAUCUUCUACGUUGACCCUUCUAACGCAAAUAAUGUCACGGUCCCCUCUCGUGGACUCGAUGCAGCUGUGUUAAACACUCUCCCUGUUUUUGCUUACUCUUCGAAAACCCACCCGGAUCCUAUUGAGUGCGCGGUUUGUUUAUCCGAGUUUGAAGAAAAUGAAAGGGGUCGGACUUUGCCCAAGUGCAAUCACAGCUUUCACAUUGAAUGUAUUGACAUGUGGUUCCAUUCUCACUCCACGUGUCCUCUUUGCCGUUCUGCUGUUGAACCCGUUCCCGAAGACUCGGUUCGGGUAAAUUCAGAGAUUAAUGAAACCGGGUCUAGAGCUGGUUUAUGUGUCACCUGUCAACAUGAGGAGAACCGCGUUGAUGGGGUUGCUUCUACGUCGUCGUUUAAUGGCAGACGGAAACCAGCCGAGUUUGUUGGAGUUACGAUAGAAGUGCCUAGAAGAAAUGGAGUUUUCGAAGACGAGCCAGCCACCGAGUCACCGUCGUCUUACAGAUCGCCGAUGAGUCGUAUGCUGUCGUUUAGGAGGAUUUUAAGUAGAGAAAGAAGAGGAAACGCAUCAUCUCCUUCUUCAGGUAUUACACCGGCGAGUUGCGGCGGUGGAUCCUCGAUCGAUAUAGAGGGGACGAGUCAAACUCAUGGUAAACUGGGUAGUGACUCAGUUGUGUGAGGUAAAGUAGAAGAGAAACAUGCGGCUAUUGUCAGGUGUAUCUGCUCUCGGGUCUCGAGGGUGUUGUCUGCAAGAGAAACUAUUGAGUGCGGAAAUUUUGUGUAGGCGCGGUUGUGACGGGUCCAUUGUUUUGGAUUCCGUGGCCGCCUUGUGUUGGCGGUUUGACUUUUGACUUGUAUAUAUUUUUCUCAUUUCAUUGAUUUAAUUAUUUUAAAUUUUACUAAUGAUGAUAAGUUAUUUUGUCAUUUGCAA